GAUUUGUUUGCAGCGCAUGGCGGGGGCGAUCGUCAGCCAAUGGCGUUGCCCUUGCCGGAGCAAAGGCUGGAAGCAGGAAGCUUUGCUGACACAGAUGUCCCACUUCCUGAGGGACAGGACCGUGGGACUGGAAUCUCAAGCUCCUCUCGCCCAUGUGCGCAAGAGAGGUCUGCACCUCCGCGCACGCCGGGCUUCAGGCUGGGCUCCGUGAUACCUCUCCGUGGAGCAGACAGCUUGCGCCGUGAGCUGUUGACCUUCUACGAUAAGCACGACGAUGCGUUUGCAGACCUGAUCAUCCAUCUCAAUGAAGGCGCUGUCUUUGCCAACGCUGCGAUCGUUGAAGCCAGAAUGCCGGCCCUUCUUUUGUCUGCAGAGGCGUUGGGUGAAGCGGACCCUGCAUUGGUGCUGGAUGACCGCAACAGGAGAUCCGGCCUGCGGCAUGUUCGGCUUUGCGGGCUGUCGCGGGCGACGCUUCACCUUCUGUUGCGAUGGGCCUACGCUGAGGCUGUGCCCUCCUUUGGCGAAGGAGAGGACACUGUGAGCCUGGAUGUUGCCUUUGACUUGCUGGAAGCCUGUCGCAAGUUCGAGGUCGAGCGUUUGGCCACGUUGCUGCGGGAGACGUUGCUGGAGUCUUUGGACUUGCCCCGCUUUGCCUCAGUACUGCGGGAGAGCCACUUGCGGCAUCUGCCAGGCUUGAAGCAGGGCUGCAUGCGCUUUGCGCUGCACAACUUUGACCAGCUGGUUGAGCGUCCGGAGCUGUUCGUGAAAGACCUGUCAGAGCUUCCGGAGGUGGUCUCUGACCUUUUUCGCCUUGGCCGGGUUUGGAAGGAUGCAGAAACCAGCGCCCAGCCCUCGCGACCUGCCCCGGCAGUGCCCAGCACGUUGGUCAGCGACCUGAGCAGAUUGUUUGACGCAGCGCGCGAAGAAGAGCGGGAUGCUGAGGAGUCGAGGGGCCGGGAGAAGCGAUUGGCGCCAGACUGCCGCGUGGUGCUGGGGGAGGACAUGUACUUGGCUCACUCGGCCAUUUUGGCCGCGCGAUCUGACUUCUUCAAGGCUGCAUUUUCUUCCGAAAUGCUGGAGCGAAGCUCCUUGAUGGUUACCUUGCACCACUGCAAUGACCGCCCGCGUCGUGAAAGCAUGCUUGCCCUGCUCUACUUUCUGUACACAGGAAAGACGAGCAAGAUCAAUGACUCGAAUGCCCUGGAUGUGCUUUCGCUUCUGGGUGCUGAAGGGGACGCUGGUGGCUAUCUUCAGAUGCAUGACGGCCAAACGCUGCGGUGUGCCUGCGAGGCAGCGGCCAAGCAUGCGGCCGGCGAAGAUGAGGAUGGCUUCAUCAACCUUUUGCUGGAGGCGGACGAGUUGGGCGCGACACGCCUGAAAAAGUGGGCGAUCCGCAUGACCGUGCACCAUUUCAAGGACUUGGCACGAAGGGGCGAUCUGGCUGUUCUGCCUGCAGAGCUGCUCAAGGAGGUCUUUCAGGAAGUGGCGAUCGUGUAUGAUAGGGUACUGCCCUCAGCUGCCAAGGGCAUGCGCUGGGAGCUUACAUUGCUACCAAAGCCGGAGAAGUGCUUGGAGAACACGGCGGAGGCGCUGACUUCUCCAGACCUCUCUAGCAGCGCAGGCGCCUGUGGCACCUCUGGCUGCUUUCGGGCAGCCUUGGUUGCUACUUUUGAGCAGCCGGUUCGGGUGCGCCGCAUUCGCGUGGGCGUGGACCUCGCCAAGGGGGACUUUGACGCAGCAACGGCUAACGAUGCCAAGCUUCAGUACCUGAACACGACAGGCGUUUGGCAGGACGGAAAUGUGAGAGUGGUCAUUGGUGACCGCUUGGUGCGGGAUAUCGAGCUUCCGGAGGAACUGGUCGCUCCAGCUUUCCGGCUGGUGCGUCAUCAGCGGAUUGCGUUGGGACUGCUGGUCUUCGAAUAGGGGCUGCUGCUUCAAUGUGAUCAUGGUCCAUUUCGAGGCACCUGCCAGGAGACAUCAGUCUGGCUCAUCCUGACCCUGUGACAGCACGGAUCCUUGACAGAGUUUUCUGCCCGUUGCAAAAAUGCGCUGCUGCCUGCUUCCUGGUACUCUGACUUUAUAAGGCCGGGAGAAGUACGGACUUGAUGCAGUGCGAAGCUUGUGAGCAAUGUCAUUCUCUUGGGAGCGUGUAGUGUCUGGUGAGAAUACAAUUAGCUUGCUUUUUUUAUGCGGUGCCAGAGG